UCGGUGGGACGUGACAUAGCGGCCACUCAGGCCUUUAUAAACUUUGUGUACCGCAUCCAAAGGCAGUUGUUUUCUCCUUCUUCGCCUUCGUCCAAGAAAAGACCGUAUUCACAAUGCUGCCUUUAGCCUUGUUGGCCGUGUGCCUGGGAGCAGCCAUGGCAGUGCCCAUCCUAGACCCUCAGCUGGAUCAGCACUGGGACUUGUGGAAGAGUUGGCACUCUAAGAAAUACCAUGAGAAGGAGGAAGGAUGGAGAAGGAUGGUGUGGGAGAAGAACCUGAGAAAGAUUGAGCUGCACAACCUGGAGCACACCAUGGGCAAACAUUCCUACUACCUGGGCAUGAACCACUUUGGAGACGUGACUCACGAGGAGUUCAGGCAAAUCAUGAACGGCUACAAGCGUAAAGCAGAGAGAAAGUCCACAGGGUCGCUGUUCAUGGAACCAAACUUCCUGGAGGCACCUCGUUCAGUGGACUGGAGGGAGAAGGGCUACGUCACCCCUGUGAAGGACCAGGGUCAGUGUGGCUCCUGCUGGGCCUUCAGCACCACCGGCGCUAUGGAGGGUCAGCACUUCAGGAAGACGGGCAAACUGGUGUCUCUGAGCGAGCAGAACCUGGUGGACUGCUCCAGACCCGAGGGAAACGAGGGCUGCAAUGGCGGUUUGAUGGACCAGGCCUUCCAGUACAUCAAGGACAACCAGGGCCUGGACUCCGAGGAUUCUUACCCGUACCUGGGAACAGAUGACCAGCCCUGUCACUACGACCCCAGCUACAACUCUGCUAAUGACACAGGAUUUGUCGAUAUCCCAAGCGGCAAAGAGCACGCCCUGAUGAAGGCUGUGGCUGCUGUGGGACCUGUAUCGGUUGCCAUCGACGCUGGUCACGAGUCCUUCCAGUUUUACCAAUCAGGAAUUUACUAUGAGAAGGAGUGCAGCAGCGAGGAGCUGGACCACGGUGUGCUGGUCGUGGGUUAUGGCUUUGAGGGAGAAGAUGUGGAUGGCAAGAAAUACUGGAUUGUGAAGAACAGCUGGAGUGAAAACUGGGGAGACAAAGGCUACAUCAUGAUGGCUAAAGACAGAAAGAACCACUGCGGCAUCGCAACAGCGGCCAGUUAUCCUCUAGUCUAAUGUUUACACAGCUCCACUUUGUAGCAUCAUGUUGUUGUUGUUGUUGUUUUGUUUUUUUGAGUUGUGACUGCUUGGCUGAAGGCUGGAGGACAAUACCUCAGUAAGAAUGGCGAGCAUCCCCAGGACGAUCAACAAUGUGUCAGGAGAACAGAAAACACUGUUUUUGUUUUUAGGGAAAUGGCGCCAUUCUGUCUUGGCUGGUGUUAUGCCACUUUAUUUUAGUCUGGUGUUUUAUUCUUUGUAAAUAUGUGUAUGCUACUUGGUAAGUGAAAUGUUUAAAAACUUGCUUCGGUCAUUGUAAAUGAUUUUUUUAUUUUUACUGUGAUCAAUUAAAGUUGUGAAACACUA